AUGGCGCCCAAGAAGUACAACAACAGCAGGUCCAACAGCAGCUAUAUGGCGCCUGCCGUCGCGUUGCCCGAAAGGGGACCAGUUGAAGCUUUGGUAUAUUGGAGAGAUCCCAUAUCAUCAGGCAUUGUUUUUGGUGCUACGUUAGUUGUACUGCUGUCGUUUGCAUAUAUGUCACUGAUUAGCGUAGUCGCUUAUCUGGCCAUGUUCAUUCAAUCUGGAUGCAUUAUUUUACGUUUGUACAAAACCGCCCUACAGACAGUCAAUAAAACUAAUGAAAGUCAUCCAUUCCAAGAAUAUCUUGACUUGGACAUCAGGCUACCACAGGAAAAAGCCGAAGAAGUGAGCAAAUUAGCUGUUGUACACGUUAAUGCCGUAUUGGUUGAACUUCGCCGCUUGUUACUCGCUGAAGACUUGGUCGACUCAGCCAAAUUCUUUGGUAUUCUCUGGGUGUUGACAUAUGUUGGCGCUUUGUUCAACGGCCUUACACUCAUAAUUAUUGGAUUUGUUGCUUUGUUCACAUUACCCAAAGUCUAUGAGAACAAUAAGACUCAAAUCGAUCAAAAUAUUGAAGUAGUUAGAAGCAAGAUUGCUGAAUUGACUAACAAAGUUCGAGCUGCUAUUCCAAUUGGAAAAAAGAAUCCAGAGACAAAAAAGAAGGAAUAA